ACUAAAUUAAUUAUAAUUAUAAUAAUAAUAUACCGACACUCAGGUAGUCGGAUACUCGGACUAAUGACAUUAUUAUUUAUGAUUAUCCUGUUCGCCUCCAAGCGACACUAGACGACUAGCGCCGGCAUUCAAUGCUCCCCCGCCCCCGUGCAAUUAUUAGGGGCGUUGCGCUUCCCCGUAAACUUUUUUGACUGCCGCAAUAUUUUACAAAGCCCUCGUGCUCCCCUUCACUCGACGCCGAAGGAAUCACACAGCACGGGUGGUCCACAAGAUAACAUGGCAGACUUAAAGCCUGAAGAUGGCGGCGUCGCCAAAAGCAAUACUCCCCUGUCUCUCGAGGCCAAAAUUCAGACCCAAUCUGCCACUGGCAUGGAGACAGUCAUCGAGAAUGCAAAAAUCGCGACGGAGAAGGAACAAAAUAUGACCCUACUACAAGGCAUCAAAUUGUAUCCAAAGGCAAUGGCCUGGAGUUUGCUGAUUUCGACCUGCAUUGUCAUGGAAGGCUACGAUAUUUGUCUGGUGAACAAUUUUUACGCCUUUCCCGCCUUUAACCGGAAAUAUGGGGAACAGAUGCCUGAUGGAACAUAUCAGGUGCCCGCCAGGUGGCAAGCUGGUCUUAGUAACGGGGCCAUGGUAGGCGAAAUCAUCGGCCUCUUUAUCAAUGGGUGGUUCUCAGAGCGAUUCGGAUACCGCUAUACUAUUAUGGCCUGCUUGGUACUCGUGGCUGCUUGGACUGCUAUUUUCUUCACGGCGGCGAAUGUCCAGGCUUUACUGGCGGCGGAGAUCCUCUGCGGCAUUCCCUGGGGUGUCUUCCAAACAUUGACAGUUACCUACGCAUCUGAGGUGUGCCCAGUCGCACUCCGGGGUUACCUGACAACCUAUGUCAACUGCUGCUGGGGCGUGGGCCAGCUAAUAGGAAUCGGUGUGAUCAAGUCAAUGCUAGGCCGCGAUGACGAGUGGGCGUACCGUAUUCCCUAUGGAUUGCAGUGGAUGUGGCCCCUCCCUCUCUUCAUUGGCAUCUGUCUCGCACCUGAAUCUCCGUGGUGGUUGGUAAGAAAGGGCAAGAUCGAGGCAGCCAAGCGUGCCCUUCUGCGCUUGACGAGCUUGAAUCGGGAAACGGAUUUCGACCCGGAUGAGACGAUCGCUAUGAUGGUCCAUACGACAGCACUCGAACAGAAGAUCACGAAAGGCACGACGUACUGGGACUGCUUCAAGGGCACAGACCUAAGACGUACCGAGAUUGUAUGCAUGGCCUGGGCGAUACAGAACCUCAGCGGAAACAGCUUCUCGAACUAUUCGACUUACUUCCUCGAACAAGCGGGUUUGAGCGCAUCGAAUGCUUAUUCGUUCGCCAUGGGCCAGUAUGCCAUCAAUAUAGUCGGUGUCUUCGGCUCCUGGUUCCUUAUGACGUUGGGAGUUGGCCGUCGAUCUCUUUACUUCUAUGGCCUUUGCGCUCUCUUUGUCAUGCUUUUUGUCAUGGGAUUCUUGGGCUUGGUACCGGAGAACAGCCGUGACAAGGCAUCGAUGGCUACCGGCAGCAUGAUGAUUGCCUGGGCGUUCUUCUACCAGAUCACAGUUGGCACUGUUUGUUACUCGUUAGUUGCCGAACUAUCUACCCGGCGGCUACAGAUCAAGACAGUCGUGCUGGGCCGAAACUUGUACAACAUCGUCGGCAUUAUUACCGGUGUCCUUACGCCAUACAUGUUAAACCCUGGAGCCUGGAACUGGGGGAACUUUACCGGUUUCUUCUGGGCCGGGAUCUGCUUCUGCUGCAUUAUAUAUACUUAUUUCCGCUUGCCAGAGCCUCGUGGCCGAUCGUUCGCAGAGCUGGAUAUGCUUUUUGAACGCGGCGUCAGCGCAAGGAAAUUCGCGUCAACCCAGGUAGACGUCUUUAACGAAGAGGUAGAAGCUACUGUGAUAGAUACCUACAAGGAGACUCGAACCUGACUUUAACGGCUAAGAAAGGUUUUGCUUAUAGCGUAUAUACUUUAUAUUAUAUGUAUUUAUUUCUCUAACCGCACUUGAACAAAAUAUUGAUCUGCCUUAUUUUAAAUAACUGAUCAAGCCAAUUAAGAAACGG